AUGGAGGCCGACUGGGAUGAGCUGUCGCGUAUCCCGGUGCCACCACCAACGCCGCAUGGCCUGCCUACUGUGGCUACGGCCACUGCGUUCGAUGACAUGAUGGAACUAUUGUGGACAGGCAAUGAAUAUGGCAGAAUAUCUUCAUUCUACGGACCAGAGCUGCAGCGAUAUACGUCUGUUCGAGCCCAUCCGCCAUCCGAGGGCGCGGUACGACAAAUCAUAUUUCACGAGCGAGGAGUGAUCUCGUUAUCAUCCAAGAGCGUGCACAUGAUAACGCGGCGGGGAUUGACGCAGUGGCACCUCGACCACGAAGAAAUGGUUGAUCUCCGCUGCAUGAGUUUUACAGCUCAAACCAAUCGAAUCAUCAUUGCAGGCUGCCAGCGAGUCAUGUUCACGGUGGACAUUGACAAGGGUAUAAUUAUCGACAAGCUACCCACUGAGCACGGUUACACAAUGAUGAAGAAGAGUCGAUAUCUAUGCGCGGCAACAGAUACGGGCUCAGUCAACGCACUUAGCCUUGGAGAUUUCAGUGUCGUCAAAUCAUGGAAAGCCCACGGAACAGCUGUCAAUGACAUGGACGCGCGAAAUGAUUUGCUAGUCACCUGUGGGUUCUCUGCCCGUCACCUUGGAGCUCCAAUCGUGGACCCGUUAGCCAAUGUGUAUGACUUGAAAACCCUGACACCACUACCCCCUAUUCCGUUCCACGCAGGCGCAGCGUAUGUGCGCAUGCAUCCCAAACUCCACACAACCAGCUUUGUGGCAUCGCAAACGGGUCAACUCCAGGUCAUAGAUUUGAUGAACCCUAACUCUGUGAAUUUGAGACAAGCAAAUGUCACCUUGAUGCUCGGCAUAGAUCUGUCACCCUCGGGAGAAGCCCUGGCUAUCAUUGAUGCCGAGGCCGCCAUUCACUUGUGGGGCUCUCCAUCCAAGAUUCAUUUCAAUGAAAUGAGCAAAGAGACAGAGUUCGCAGAUGUGCCUACACGGCCCCCUCAGGUAGAAUGGUCAGCGGACACUCCGCUCAGCAUGGCUGGGAUGCCGUACUACCAUGAGCGUCUCCAUUCAGCAUGGCCAAGCCACCUAGUUUUCGAAGUCGGUGAUCCGCCUGCUCCGUUAGACCAAUCCAUCUUGCCUUAUCUUCGACCUGCAGAAAUGGGACAUCAUGCCCCGAACCCGCGAAAGACUCGUCGUUAUCAAGCUGAGAAUACUCGUGCUAUGACCACCGCAGAGCCAGCCCUCAUUGCUCCUAAGUUCCUGAGCGAAAAGGCCCGGGAAUAUAGUAAAUUAGAUGGGUUGGUUGGCGAUACAGCAGAAGCACUGGCGGGUGCCAAGAUCAACGGAGAAAGUGAUGACGAUCCUCUGCUAAAAUACAGCAACGUUGAAAUUAAGUAUAGUCGAUUCGGAGUUGAUGAUUUCGAUUUCCGCUUCUACAACAAUACCUCAUUCUCUGGCCUCGAAACUCACAUUGCCAACUCCUUCACCAACUCCCUUCUUCAACUCUUCAAAUUCAUCCCUCUUUUCCGAAAUCUGGCCCUCAAUCAUGCUGCCGGAUCAUGUAUUUUCGAACACUGUCUUCUUUGUGAACUUGGAUACCUGUUUGACAUGCUCGAGAAAGCUAGUGGCCAGAAUUGUCAAGCCACCAAUCUUCUCAAGACAUUCAGUAGCUUCCGAGAAGCUUCCAACCUGGGUCUCUUGGAGGAAAACCUCACCAACAAAUCUCUCUCAACCGCCAUUCAAGCGGUCAAUCGUUUCUUCUUGACCCAGAUAGCCCAUGAUUUCCGCAUGAUCCAACCAAGCUCGGAAGAUCUUGACCAGCGUCUCGCUACUAUCGCAUCUGAGUCCAUUCGGUGCAUGUACUGCCAAAAUGAGAUCGUGCGACCCGGUAACUCGCUCGCCAAUGAGCUGAUUUACCCGAACAUUGACAUCAAACACGCGCGGCGCAAUCCCAUAUUCCGAUUCUCGAACAUCCUCCGUGCGAGCAUCGAGCGAGAGACACAGAAUCGCGGCUGGUGUAACUACUGCCGUCGCUACCAACAAGUGACGAUCCGCAAAACCAUUCACCGCAUGCCCUUGAUUCUUGUGCUCAACGCCGCGCUGACCAAUCCGUUGUGUCGUCGCUUAUGGGCAGUUCCCGGGUGGCUCCCCGAUGCCGUUGGCAUCAUCGUAGACCCCAGUGGCCAGGUGAUGUGCUUCGAAGGCGAUGAGCUGCAGCUCCGCAUUCAAAGCCAGACCCCCGGACUCGUGGUUUAUGACCUAGUUGGCUUGGUUGCGGAGAUCGACAUUCAAGAACACCAGAAGGCACACUUGGUCUCUUUCAUCAACGUCUCGCUUUCGGGCCGCGAAAGUCAAGAUCAAAGCAAAUGGCAUCUGUUCAAUGAUUUCCUGGUCACUGAAGUUGACAGAGAUGAAGCACUUCGGUUUACUCAGCCAUGGAAGCAACCUUGCGUCUUGGCUUUCCAAGUGAGAGAUCCUCGGCAUGUUGUUGAUGACUCUUGGAAGAAGCACCUUGAUAAAACUCUCCUAUUCCGCGAGUGGUCCCUGAAUGGUGGCCGCCAGGUCGAGUCUUGUCGUACCCUCACAGAAGAGGAACAGCCGCAGCCCGGGACACCCGUCGCCCUAGACACGGAGUUUGUUGACCUCGAAAAGGCUGAGAUCGAUGUCAAGGCAGACGGCUCGCAAGAAAUGGUCCGCCCCAACAAGAGCGGUCUGGCUCGUGUCUCUGUGCUCCGUGGUUUGGGUGUCCAAGAGGGAGUUCCUUUUAUUGAUGAUUAUAUCACUAUACGUGAGCCGAUUGUGGACUACGUCACUCAGUAUUCUGGCAUCAAGCCUGGUGAUCUGGAUCCACGAACCAGCGAACACAAUCUUGUCCCACUCAAGGCGGCAUACAAAAAGCUGUGGCUGCUACUCAAUCUUGGCUGUGUGUUUGUGGGUCAUGGUCUGGCAUCUGAUUUCCGCAAAAUCAAUAUACAAGUGCCAAAGACACAAACCGUGGACACGCAGUACCUUUUCUUCCACCCAGGUAAGAGCCGGCGCCUCAGUCUCAAGUAUCUUGCCUGGGCUGUUUUCAAAGAGUUCAUCCAAGAAGAACCUGCACCUGAAACGCUUCAAGGGCAUGAUUCUAUUGAAGAUGCUCGCAUGGCCUUGCGUCUCUGGAAAAAGUUCCAGGAAUACGAAGAUGCAGGCAUUGUUGCGCAAAUGCUCGAAGAGAUCUUCCGCGAAGGCUCGAAACUUGGGUUCCGCCCGCCUCCUAAGAAUGGCGGAACAGCUGCGGUCCUUUCCCGUCCUGGCACUGCCGUCACAAUGCAGAAUGACAGUGGUCGCAAUACUCCUAGCACUCCUGACGCACGCUCAGUGGGCCCUGUGCCUACCACCUCGAAUCCCCCCAACACUGGACCUCCCAGUGCCCCCACUACCCCACGUCAGGCUUUCCGGCGCUCAAUCGCCCUCACCCCAAGCAACGGCAGCUUCUCUGGGCCCGGUGCUGGUGACUUCUUUGGCGGAAGUCCCCUUCGAUAG